GAUCCCACAUCUACCUACUUUCAGAUGCCCACUUCGGCUUCCUCCUAACCCCUUAACCCUCACAGCCUCUUGCUCCAGCACCAGCACACUCCGCAGUGGCUGCCACCAGGGAUCGGGGCCCAGAGUUUUUUCUCUGUCUGGGUUGGCCUGGUUCCAGGCUCAGGACGCGUCUCCAAGUUCCAGUGACUCCUCCCCGUUGGAGCUGGGGGGAGCGUGCGGGGGUAACGAAUAAAACCGCAGGAGCCGGCCGGUGGUGGCUAGGCGAGCACUGGAGUCUCAAGACACUUGUUGUUCUUUUGACUCACUGCUCCUUCUGACUAGCCGCGGGACUCCUCUGCUCCGUAACACCCCUGACCGUCAGCCCAGACAGAGGCGCACCAGCCCGCCAGCACACCCGAGCUGCUCGCCGGGACGCGACCCGCCCGCUCCUCCGUCGCGGACUCUCUCCCCUGCAGCUUUCGCCCGCAAGUCAGCCCCUGCCAGGUCCUGUGGGCAUCAAGAUGAAGGCGGCCCGCUUCGUGAUGCGCAGCGCCCGCUCGCUGAGCGGCGCCAGCCUGGUCCCCCGCGAGGUCGAGCAUUUCUCGCGCUACAGCCCGUCCCCGCUGUCCAUGAAGCAGCUGCUGGACUUUGGUUCGGAAAACGCAUGUGAAAGAACUUCUUUUGCAUUUUUGAGACAAGAAUUGCCUGUGAGGCUUGCCAAUAUCCUGAAGGAAAUUGAUAUCCUUCCUGAUCGAUUAAUAAAUACCUCUUCAGUACAGUUAGUUAAAAGCUGGUACAUCCAGAGCUUGAUGGAUUUGGUGGAGUUCCAUGAGAGAAACCCAGAAGACCAGAAAACAUUAUCAGAUUUUGUAGAUACUCUGAUCAAAGUUCGAAACAGAAAUCAUAAUGUAGUCCCUACAAUGGCACAAGGAGUCAUAGAAUAUAAAGAUGGCUGCACAGUCGACCCAGUCACCAACCAAAAUCUUCAGUAUUUCUUGGAUCGAUUUUACAUGAACCGUAUUUCUACCCGGAUGCUAAUGAACCAGCACAUUCUUCUAUUUAGUGACUCGGAGACAAGAAACCCAAGCCACAUUGGAAGCAUUGACCCCAACUGUGACGUAGUAGCCGUGAUCCAAGAUGCCUUUGAGAGUUCGAGGAUGCUUUGCGAUCAGUAUUAUUUAACAUCUCCAGAAUUAAAGCUCACGCAAGUGAAUGCCAAAUCUCCAGCACAACCGAUUCACAUUGUGUAUGUUCCUUCUCACCUGCACCAUAUGCUCUUUGAACUAUUUAAGAACGCAAUGAGGGCAACAGUUGAACACCAGGAAAACUGUCCUUCCCUCACACCAGUGGAGGUGACUGUGGUCCUGGGGAAGGAAGAUCUUACAAUUAAGAUUUCAGACAGAGGAGGUGGCGUGCCCCUGAGGAUCAUUGACCGCCUCUUUAGUUAUACGUACUCCACCGCGCCAACGCCUGUGAUGGACAAUGCCCGGAAUGCUCCUUUGGCCGGUUUUGGUUACGGCUUGCCGAUUUCCCGUCUCUAUGCCAAGUACUUCCAAGGAGACCUGCAUCUCUACUCUUUAUCAGGAUAUGGAACCGACGCUAUCAUCUACUUAAAGGCUUUGUCUUCUGAGUCCAUAGAAAAACUCCCGGUCUUCAACAAAUCAGCCUUCAAACAUUAUCAGAUGAUCACCGAGGCUGACGACUGGUGUGUCCCGAGCAGGGAACCGAAGAACCUGGCGAAGGAGAAAGUGGCUGUGUGAAGACGGACACGCGGGACACUCGAAGGGAUCAAAGUGGGUCUGUGCCAGUGCUGCUGCUUUCCGAAUGUUUGCGUGUGGGCGCUUCUUCCCUCAAACACAAACACCGGCAACACAAACUCCUUCACCAGAACACUGAGGGGAAGAGGAACAGAGCCCGUUUCUGUGACCCCGCAGAGCACAGAGCGGGACGACAGGAGUUCACAGAUGGCCAGCUCUUCAUUCUCUCAACAUAGAACAAUGCUUGAGUUUAUAUCAAACCCAGAAGGAGAUGUAAGCCUCGGUUUUUCAUCUCUUUAUCAGCAGGAGUGGGAAAGGGAGCGGAGUGAAGACAUAAGCUAUCAAUCUCAAUGGACUUACAUGUCUUAGAUGUCUGGUUGACAUCAUAUUAGUGUUCAUUGAACAUCGCGUCAAUUAUACCAGUAUUUUCCUGCCUUUCAAAGGAGCAGGGCAUAUUUCAUACUCUAUGGCCAGAAAUGUAUAUAAAUGCACAUUUUGUAUAUAUCUAUGUGCUCCAGGGAGGAAAAACUGGUGACUAAAAUAACAUUCACUUUGAAUGACCAAUGAGUCAAAACAUUUUAUUCAAAGUUUUGGCCAAGGCAUUGAGCCUAUGUAAAAACUUAGAGGAAAGCCUUUUCUGAGAAAUACAAGGCCUUUAUUAUGCUGCUUUCCCUGCCCACACAUCACGUAGUAAAAGAACACUUAUUACUGCAAGGUGCCUAGUCUCGGGUGAAUUUUAAAAUAUGCACUGAGUUCAGAAUGUUGACGGUUGGAGGGAGAGAAGAAUUGCCAAAGUGAUAACAAAAAUAUCUCUCAUCUUGUUUUUUUUAAUGAAUGAAACAGUGACCUAGAAAAACUGGUGUUAGGGAAAGAAGUCAUUCAUUCAGAACCUAACUCAGAAAGAAGGGCCGUUCUCCGCCCUGGGGUGGUGGUAAUCCAAAGACACCCAUUCUCUAGGUUUAAAAAAAAUGUGUUUUUGAUAUAUUCAAUUGCACUCUUUACACUCCCGCAUUAACGUGUCUGUAGAAAAAAACUUUAAUUAUCAAAUGACUCAAGGACAUUAGAAUUUAAAUAUUUCUUGGAGUGUUUUUAACAAGUAGCCUGGAAGUAAGAGGAUUUCAUGUCAGAUGUUUUCUUGGUGAAUCAUGGAGACUGAGAGUUAGGGAAUGAAAGCUGAACUGCACAUGGAACUUUGGGGAGUACAGGUGUAAUAUGCAGGUUGACAGGGUAGUCUUGUACACUACUCUUAGAGAAGGAAUGAAAAGACGAAAGAAGGAAGGAAGGAGGAAAGAAGGAAGAACGAAGAAAAAAGGAAGGAAGGAAGGAAAGAAGGAAGGGCAUUUUGCUAUAUUUUCACAAAUUAUCUCAAGAAAUGAUCCAUAUUUUCAUGGACAAAUUAUUGGCAAGAGGAUGAAUUGGUGUCUUUCAAAACAGUAUGACUUCUUCCAACGGCUUUCUCAUUCUUGCAAAAGAAUAGGUUUUAAUGAGAUAAUAAACUCAUGCAUCAAAUCAAUGUUUAAACUGGGUUAUGGAAAAAACUAGACUUUCCUGCACUGGAAAAUAAUCAGUACUGUAUUUGUUUUGAACUUAACAUUUGUGUUUAAUAUUGUUACAGCCUAGUGUUGUGGUACUUCUGGGAGUGGCCAUACAAGCCUCCAACUAUGUUGUGAAUUUCAGACUUUAUCAUCAGAAGUCCUAAAUAGUGACUUUGAUGAUAGGAUUCUGGUGUAUGCAUUUAUUGAUUACACAAAACAGUUUGAUAAGUUAUAUGAAUUUUCAUUUUUUACUGAAAUGUAAACAAUUUUUGUGUGUAAAUACUUGUAUUUACCAAAGAUUACCAAAGCAGUUGGUUAAUUAACCCACCGUGAACUAUCAUGAAAACACUAGAGAAAAAAAAAUGUUGGUAUCUCAGUAACUAUCAGUUGUGUAAAUGCAGUUUUAUAGAAUAGAAAUAGACUACAUUGGUAUUUGUAAAAAUUAUGAAAGAGAUUUAGGAUUUUACUGAAUAGAUACUAAAUGUUCAGACCCACUUAAAUUAUUAAUGUAUAAAUUGUAUUUUUGUCUUUAGGCUAUGUCCAGAGAAAUGUGACAAUUUUGAUAAUAAAUAUUUUUAUUACAGUAA